UUUUUCCUAUAAAUAUGAAAGUUAAUAAUAAUAAACAAAUAGAAGUUAAUGACAAUGAAGAAAUAUUUUUAACUACUGAUGAAUUAAAUACAAAUUUAUAUACUCAGGUUAUUACAGAAGUUGAUAGAUACUUUAAUGAAAAUACAGUUAAUAAACUGCUUACGGACCAAGAGAUUGUAGAUCUUGUAACACCUGCAGAAGAUACUGAUCCAGAUAGUUCUGAAAAAGAAAAAUGA